UUUUGUGAAGAACUCUGAAUAUUAUUUGGAUAAUGAAAAUGCGAAAAAAUAAUUACUAUUAAACCCUUUAUAUAGCUACUGACACGUAGACAAAAAAUUGACGGCUAUUUAAAUUAAUUCAACUGAUAUAACCGUCUACAACAUGUUACUGUGACCAUCACAGCGACCCCUUUUGUCCUUUGUACAUUUGACACUUAAGUUCUGCAUCACACGGCGAAGGUGAAAAAUCGUUUACAAACAUUAAAUUUAAAUAAAGCAUAACAAAAUCUAUUUGUUUCGCUCAAUAGUACAAUAGCAAAUUAUCUUCUAAACGAACGGCAAACAAUAAUAACAAUAGAGUUCGACACGAUACAUGUCAGAUGCAAUUAGGAUUAGCUACAGUGCGCACCUCAUUAAAAACCAAUUCACUACAGAUAUUUAAAAAACCCUUUUAACCAAUUUGUAAGAUCGAAAUGUCCUCAUAACAGGUCCGUAAACAGUUUUGUACGGAGCUCUAAAAAUAUCACUUUUAACGUCCAACGUCCUAGCAAUUCUUACCGAUACUUGGUGGUGUGCAGAACAUUGAUAAUUUCAAAUAUGAUGGAUCUUGGAACAAAAGUGGUCUUACCAUGUCUUCUAAUCGCCUACACUUACGCCGUAAGGGCCGAAAGAUGGGGUAAAGGAAGCAGUCUUAAAUACAUCGACAAUCUAUCCUCCAGCCCCGAUGAUUCUUCUUCUGAGAGCCUCAAAAUUUGGACUUACCGUGAUUCGAGUGGUUCUAGAGAUGUGAGGAUCGACAGUGGGAUCGUCAGGGGACAUUUGGAGAAAGACAGCGAUGCGGAGUACUAUGCGUUCUUGGGGAUACCUUAUGCUGCAGCACCUACUGGGAGUAGCCGGUUUAUGCCUCCAUUCCCUCCAAAACCAUGGGUGAACGUAUUCUACGCGAACAAGACAGUGAUGUGCCCUCAGUUGGGCAUGGGCGAGGAGAACUGCCUCGUCGUCAACGUGUUCACUCCCACCUCCCUGCGCACGCAGCUCCCAGUACUCGUCUACAUCCACGGAGGCUCCUUCCUCAUGGGCGCCGGACCCACCAAGGGCCUCGGACUCCUCGUCAAACAGAACUUCGUCGUAGUCACAUUAAACUACAGGCUCGGAGUACUUGGCUUCCUAUGUCUAGGCAUAGAAGAAGCACUUGGAAACGCCGGGCUCAAAGACCAAACCGCGGCACUACAAUGGGUCCAGAGAAACAUUCAGCAAUUCGGAGGAGACCCUGCCAUGGUGACCAUUUACGGCAUGAGUGCUGGCGCGGCCUCCGUUGAGUAUCACAUUCUGACUGCCCCAGACGGCUUGUUCCAAAAGGCUAUCAUCGAAUCCGGAUCUGCCACCUCCGUCUGGUCGGUAGAUUCUGAGCCAAUUGAUACUGCCAAGCGUUUCGCUAAUAUGCUCAAAUCAGAUUCACCGAUCAGGAACUUGGAAGAACUCGUUAACUUCUUGCAGUUUAAAACGGCAGAUGAACUAAGCGAAGCAAACUAUAGGUACUAUCGCUCUUUAACGGAUGGGACAUUCGGCUUUGUACCAUGUGUAGAGAACAAAUAUAAUUCCCGAGAUGCGUUCAUAUUAGAUCCACCUUAUGAGUUAUUAGAGUCUCGAAACUUUUCAGAUGUUCCAAUAAUGUUUAUACAUAGCUCCCUAGAAGGUCUCUUCUUAAGAAGCGCAGAAUAUUAUGAGCUAGAUUACAAAAUUGGUAUGAACGAUAAUUUCCUAGCGUAUGUGCCAAAAGAUCUUAACGUAGACAGAGAACCGACAAGGAAACCAGUAGUGAAGAAGAUAAAACGGGAAUACUUUGGCCCUAAGGGGGUGGUAGACGACGGGCAGUUGUUGGGAUAUUUGAAUUAUUUCGGGGAUUCUCUUAUAAUGCAUGGAAUGUAUACUUCUGCAGAAAAGUACGCUGAACCUAGUAAACCGGUGUAUUGGUUAGAAUUUGGAUAUAAAAGUGAGAGAGGAGGUUACGAGCAGUUCUACGAGUACAUCAACCUGCCUGGGCACGGAGACGUGGCGAGGAACCUCAUAUCAACAACGCCGAUGACGAGCCGGAGUGACAGACUGACUGUGACGCGGCUAGCAAGACUAAUAGGAAACUUCGCCAAGUUUAGCGACCCAACCCCAACGCACACACCAAUGCUGCCAGUGAAAUGGCCGAUCAUCCAGCCAGGCAACUUCACAUACCUCCACCUUCACCAGGACUUCAGCGUGCGACAGCUUUACAACAGCACGAGAAAACGGCUGUGGGAGGAGCUGUACGCUAUGUACAGGAAGCCUGUUACGCCUGUCAAUCCGUUCAUAUACAUUUAGAUCCAAAAAAAACUGUUGGUUAUACGC